AUGCCGCGUUUCCUCGACGUGAGCUUCCCGGCUGCUGCUCUUCUGGGUCUUCGCAUGCCUGGCCCAGUCAACCAGUCACCAGUCACCAGUGGGUCGUCUUUUCGUCCCAUCUUUUUCCAGGGCCCCACCGUGCAGGGCAAGCUCCAGCACCAUCCCUAUCGUCGCUCGCUCUGGUCGGUUCGACCCACGAGCCUGCUGACUUCCUUUGGGGAUGUGGCAACUCCCAGCAUGGGGCAUGGGUCACUCCAAGGGGAAAGGAUUCAGUCGGUGUCAUUGGUGGUCCACGUCUAAGCCAGCAGUAUGCCAUAGACUUGCCUCGAACCUCCGUAUACUUCUACCCCGAAGUAUGUACAAACUGUACUCAGAGUUAUCCUGCAGCCACUGGUGGAUGUGGAUGUGAGUGUGAAUGUGGAUGUGGAUGACGGCUUGAGUAAUUGGAGAGAUUCUUAG